GCCAUCUUCCCGUGGUGCCGCGCGCGGCCGCCAUGUUGCGCUGAGCCGCGCGUCGCCUGCGAGCCGACCCCGCGCCUGGCCCCGCAGGCCAUGGCGGCCGCCCUGGGAGCGGGCGGCGGGCCGGGCGCCGGAGAUGAUGACUUCGACCAGCUGGAUAAGCCGGGUGCUGAGCGGUCUUGGAGGAGGCGAGCUGCAGACGAGGACUGGGACAGUGAGCUCGAAGAUGACUUACUCGGAGAAGAUCUGCUCUCGGGCAAAAAGAAUCAGUCAGAUUUGUCAGAUGAAGAACUAAAUGAUGAUCUUCUGCAGAGUGAUAAUGAAGAUGAAGAAAAUUUCAGUUCUCAGAGUGUCUCAAUCGGUCUCAAUGCCACGUCAGGCAUGGUCCCCUCGUUCGAACUGUCUGACAAUACGAAUGACCCUUCUGGAGAGCAGGAAUCCGAGUAUGAGCAGGGCGAGGACGAACUGGCGUACCACAAAAGCGACGUGUCUGAGCUGUACGCGCACGAGUACCCGGAGGGAGGGCAGUACGGAGGCCCCGACGCUGAGCUGACGGACGACCACGGCGAGUAUGUGGAGGAGCCCGAGGAGGAGCAGCUGUACAACGACGAAGUGCUGGACAUCGAGAUCAAUGAGCCUUUAGAUGAAUUCGCAGGAAGCAUGGAAACUUUGGAACUGCAGAAGGACAUAAAAGAAGAAUCAGAUGAAGAAGAUGAUGAAGAUGAAGAGUCUGGACGAUUACGUUUCAAAACUGAAAGGAAAGAAGGAACCAUUAUUAGACUCUCAGAUGUAACUAGAGAGAGAAGGAACAUUCCAGAAACUUUGGAGCUUUCCGCGGAGGCCAAGGCCGCCCUGCUCGAGUUCGAGGAGAGAGAGCGCCAGCACAAGCAGGGCCGCUACGGCUCGAGGCGGGGCGGACGGCGCGGAGGAGCCGUGAUGUGCCGUGGAGUGGGAGACCAGAGACGCGACACCAGCGAGAGGGCGCGGCUCAAAGAGCAGAGGCCGGCGCUGCUCCCCACACAGCCUCCCGUGGUGGCGCACUCGCCGAGGCUGAUCCCUCCACCACAGCCACCGCCACAGCCGCCCCCGCCGCCGCCACAGCAGCCGAUCCGGAGCCUGUUCCAGCAGCCGCCACUGCUCCCGCUGCAGCACCCGCACCUGCCCUCCCCGCCACAGGCUCUGCACCUGCCGCCCCAGAUGGACGCCCCGCGGGUGAUGAUGACCCCUCCCCCCGUGACCCCACAGCAGCCCAAGAACAUCCACAUCAACCCGCACUUCAAAGGGGCCGUGGUGACGCCGGUGCAAGUGCCCUUGCUGCCCAUCCCGAGCCAGCCGAGACCCGCCGUGGGCCCCCAGAGGUUCCCCGGACCCCCAGAGUUCCCGCAGCACAGCCCCGGCCCUGGACCCUCCAGCUUCCCCCAGCCCCCAAGACUGCCUCUGCAGGACCAGUGGAGAGCGCCCCCGCCCCCCCAGGACCGGGACCCUUUCUUCCUGGGAGUUUCAGGCGAGCCCCGGUUCCCGAGCCACCUCUUCCUGGAGCAGCGCAGCCCGCCGCCCCCGCCCCCCACGCUCCUCGGCAGCAACCACCCGGUGCCCUCGCCCACUCCCUUGCCCUUCACGCAGCCCGGCCCCGCCUUCAGCCAGCAGGGCCAGCAGCCCGUGUUCCCCCGGGAGAGGCCCGUGAGGCCUGCGCUGCAGCCGCCAGGCCCCGUGGGGCUCCUCCAUUACAGCCAGCCCAGCUCCGCCGCCACCAGGCCCUUCAUCCCGCCCAGACAGCCCUUCCUGCCCGGCCCUGGACAGCCCUUCCUGCCCGCGCACGCACAGCCCAGCCUGCAGGGGCCCCUGCACCCCCCACUGCCUCCCCCCCACCAGCCGCAGCCGCAGCCUCAGCUCCAGCCGCCGCCCCAGCACCCGCCGCCUCCGCAGCAUCAGCUGCAGCCGCCGCCACAGCUCCAGCCCCCGCCACACCCGCCGCCCCAUGCACCGCAGCCACACCAGCACCAGCACCAGCUCUCGGUGCCGCCCCCGCCUCUCCUGCCCAUGGCGCAGCCUCCCUUCCGGCCGCACCUGCAGACGCCACCGCCGCAGGCCAGCAGCAGCCGCACGCAGUGCCCUCCGCGGCAGGGGCUGAGACACAAUUCCACGGCCCAGAAUCUGAGCAAACGGCCCCUGCAGCAGAUGCCGCCCACCGCGCCCCGCAACAGCAACCUCCGCGAACUGCCCAUCGCCCCGUCGCACGUCCUGGAGAUGAGUGCCAGCCGCUGCUCGGCCACCUCCGCCACCCCAGGAAAGGCUGCUGCCAGCACGUCCCCACCCGCUAGGCCAGCGGUGGGGACCAGAAGCACCCAGGGGAAGACAGACGUGAGGAGCCAGCCGGCGAGCCCCGGGGUGCAGUCAAAGGGAGAAACAAAGGCAGAACUGGAGUUUCCAGAGGAGGACGAGGAGACUCGGCUGUACCGCCUGAAGAUCGAGGAGCAGAAGCGCCUGCGCGAGGAGAUCCUGAAGCAGAAGGAGCUGCGGCGGCAGCAGCAGGCCGGCGCCCGCAAGAAGGAGCUGCUGGAGCGCCUGGCGCAGCAGCAGCAGCAGCUGGGCCCCGCGCCCGCGCCCGCGGAGCAGGAGGAGCCGGCGGCCGCAGUGCCCUCCCCCCCCAACGGGAGCCCCCUCCUGCCCUUCCCGGGCGCCCCGCUCAGGCAGAAUGUGAAGAACAGACUCCUCGUGAAGGCCCCCGAGGGCCCCGGCGCCCAGCCCCGGCCCCCGCCCUCCGCGCCGCCCGGGGCUCCCGCACCGCUGCAGGGACCGCCGGCGAAGCCGCUCAAGCACGUGCGGCCCGCCCGAGUCCCCCCCCUGAGCCCCGCCCAGCACAGGGUCCCCCCGGCCAAGCCCGCCGAGGGGGAGGGCCCGCCCCUCCAGGGCCGGCCCCCGGACAGCAAACCCGGCACCAAGAGGACUGUCAUGCACCGGGCCAACAGUGGCGGCGGGGACGGGCCCCACGUCGGUUCCAAAGUCAGGGUCAUCAAGCUGUCCGGAGGGCAGGGCGGCGAGAGCGACGGCUUCUUCCACACCGAGGCUGUGCCCCAGCGGCUCCCCGCACCGGCCCGCAAGGUGACGCUGACCAAGGGGGCGCUGCAGCCGCCGCCCCACCCGCCGGUGGGCGCCCACAUGCACCCUGCCGGGCCCCCAGGCAUCAGGAGCAUCCAGGGCAUCCACCCGACCAAGAAGGUGGUCCUGCACGGACGAGGCCGCGGCGUGGCCGGCAGCCUGGGCCGGGGCCGCCUCAUGCCCAACAAGCAGAACCUGCGGGUGGUGGAGUGCAAGCCGCAGUCGUGCGUGGUCUCCGUGGAGGGGCUGUCCCUGUCCACCACGGACGUGCAGCUCCGGAGCCUGCUGGCGUCCGUGGGGCCCAUCCAGAGCCUGCAGAUGCUGCCGCAGCAGCGGAAAGCCAUCGCCACGUUCAAGGAGCCGGCCCACGCGCUCGCCUUCCAGCAGAAGUUCCACAGGCACAUGAUCGAUCUGUCCCACAUCAACGUGGCCCUGAUCGUGGAGUGACCGCCGCCCGGAGGCCGACCGGCGCCGCCCUGCGACGCGGAGGCCCCUGAGCACAGCCCGCGCCUGCUCAACCGCCCGCGGGCCCGUUGCCCGCCCCGGCCGGCCCGGCCUGGACUCAGGAGACGGAACUUGCGGGACACGCGGCCCGGUGUGGGGUCGGCUAGUUUCUGAGUGUGUGGGCGCCGCAGAGAACUCGGGCUUCUGUCUCCUCUGUCCCCACGUCCUCCCGCAUGUGGACAGCGUUCUCGGGUCCCCCGCGCCACUGAGCAGUGCCCAGAGCAGGGAGGGCGGCAGCGCACGGCCGCCCGCAGAGAGAACACUGAUAAUGGUUGCACUCACCUUCCGCACAGGCCAGUGAGGCUUUCUCACGCGCUCCACCUGCCCUGACUGCCCAGGGCCCCGGGUGGGGCGGCCCUGCUCCCACGGCCCCUCAGGGAGUGCGCCCGGCCGACCUCCCUGUGGAGCAGGGCUGUGGUCCCUCGGCGGGUGGCUGGGGUCCAGGCGUGCCGUGUGCCCGGUGGGGAGCAGGCCCAGGCAGGGGCAGCGGGACAGGCGCUUCCGGGGGUUCUGAGCAGCGGCCCAGGGCCUGCCCGACACUCUAGACACUCUGGAGACCCGAACGGGGCGUCCAGCCGGGGCCAGCAGUGAGGGGACAUGGCUGGUCAGGGAGGAGCGCGGGAGCUGAACGCCACGUGCCCAGGUGCCUGGGCACCUUCCAGACAGGACCGGGGCGGAGUCUGCUGGACUCCCCUCCCCCCUCAGCCAAGGUGCUCAGCCCUGUCGGUCCAGAAGGCCCAGCCAGCCGUGGACGGUGGGGUGGGGCAGUCCUCACACUGGCGCGUCAGUGCGGUGCCCCCCUUGGCAUUCGUAGUCCAGGGCUCCUGACGGGUGGCCCCGUCCUGGGAGGAGAAGGCAGGGGCGGGGUGAGCCCGGAGAGCCGGUGUAGCGGCGUUCCCCCCUCUGGGGUUGAUUUGGGCCUUAUCCUGCGGGCGUGCGGGCAGUUUCUUCCUGGUCAGCGAGUGCAGGCCUUCUCCCGGGCGCGGUGCUCGGAGGAGUGAUGGUCAGUGCGGCAGGCUGGGGUGGGGCCGCGGCCACUGCGCCCGCGGGAGUCAGGGCACCGAGCCCAGCCUCGGAAGAUCCGCUGCAACCAUUAUCUUUGUUCUUUCUCUAUCAUGCAUUUAAAGCGAGAUGCAGAAACACCAUCCAUGUAAAUAUGGACCUUUUAAAAUUAAAACGUUCUUGAACACGCCUUCCAGUCAGCAGCACCCUAGGUAUGUUAGUUUUCUCGUGUUGUCUUGCCGAAGUUGAAUGGAUAUAGUUCCAUAAUUGUUGGUGUGUGUGUGUGCGUGUACACCGAUUUUUAUAAAGAUGCUAGUAAGUCAUACGCUCACCCUGCCCCGUGUAUUAUUUGUUCAAACUCAGCAGCUCAGAGCCAUGAUCCCGCUCUAGCCCGUGAGGUAAAUACAAGCGUGAGUGUGUGGCGCAGGUUCUGUUUUCUUUCUGAUUUUGUUUUGAUUUUGUGCUGUAAUGUAAGCUCCCGUAGCCGCCGCUGAGCGUCCCGGGAAACUCGGACUGAUGACCCGGAAGGGAAAGGAGCAGCUCCUGUGAUGAGCAGGGGCGUCCUCAGGGGGUCAGGGGGAGGGGGGAGGGGGGAGGGGGAGGCCUGCCCCCGAUCUGUAAAUGUCCUGGUUCCGCAGCCUUCCAGAAGCGUGACGGCGUCCGGCCUGCACGGGACCUCGCAGCUGCCGCGUCCUCCUGCUGACAGGCGUCUCCUGCGGGGGUGGGGGGCGUGCUCGGUGUCAAUAACCCACUUUCUUCUAACCCGACUCCCCAGGGCCGGCCGCCGGAGAGGGAGAGGCCUGUGGGGGGCACCGUGGUCUGGGCGGCUCCCCCUGCUGGGCUCUGGUAGGACAGCGGGGGCUGGCCAGGCGCUCGCCGAGGACCCCCUCGCUGCCGGUGAUGUUUGUGUUGGUCAGUGGUUUGCUCAGGAAGGUAAGCGUGCCGCUGCCGGGGUCGCGCUCUGAGGUAGGACAGCCUGGCCACGGGGGCGGCAGCCCGCCGCCUUCCCCCUGCUCAGCUCUGGUGCUGGAGCCUGGCGUGCGAGGCGGCAGCCAGCUGCUGCCGGGCGGGCCUGUGGCCCUGCCGAGUCUGUCCGGAGGGCCGCUGCCCCGACGAGACGGUCUCCGGAACCCUGACGAGUCCUCUCGGGCUCUGAAUCCUACGGAUUCUGCGUGAGGUGCUGUGCACCCGUCCCCGUGCCCCAGGCACGGGCCUGACCCAACUCCCGAUCCAUAUUGGAUCCCAGGUAGGCGCCUGUGGCGCUGCGGGCCUCCCCGGAGGCCCCCGAGGCCUCGGCCUCAGCGUGGUGCUUGGCUCUGCUUGUUCCACUCGCUUCCAGGCCGAGGGGGUGCUCGGGGCUUCUCAGCACAUUCAGGUCGGGACGGCGGCGUGGACGGCGGCGUGGACGGCGGUGUGGACGCGGCGGCCACGCAUGUAACCUGCUUCUCCCCGCAGCUUUGCUUCCACAGCGCAGGGUCCUCCGGGCGUCCGGGAGCCGUCGCCUCAGGCCUCCGCCCUUUGGUUUCCAGGUGCAGCCUCCGAGCGGGCGCGGGCGCCGGCGCCCUCCCCCUCGCGCCCUCCCCCCUUUGCUCCCACAGGUCUGACUCUCUCCUGCAGGUGGGGGCGGGAGAUAACCGCAGUUUGAUUUGCAGGGGACGCUGGCGGCACUGUGGCGGCAGGCGGGGGGCGGGGGCGGCACUAACCUCCCUCUCUGUCCCUCUACUUUGCAGGACCUUUGCAUGAGCUCAGGUAGAGGUAGUCUCCCCCGAGUGCUGGGAGCCGCCCGCCCUAGUGUGUGCCACGGGCCGCCCCGGAGAGAAGCUGUGUAGCGAGCAGCCCUCGACCUCCCCCUCGCGCACUGGGCCCCCGGCUGGCCCCUUGUGUGUGGGCCCGCCCGCUCGCCAUGUGUGUGUCUCUGGAGCACUUGCACGUGCCGCCAUGUUCAUUGUACUGUAACCGCAGACUGUGUCAAUAAAGCGACGUUCGCACC